AUGGUUAAGCGAUUUUUGGCAAUGGUUUGUGAAGUGGCUUUGAUGUCGCACAUUUGUGGGAAUGCGCUGUACUUCAAUGCCAGGCAUAUUGUGCUGUUGGGCGGCACCGAGGAAGUGUUUUCCUGGGAUUCGCUUGGGCAUUGUCCGGUGCGGCAGCUGCCUCUAUAUUGGCAAAAGUAUUUGAGGGUUCGCUUCAUUAAACAGCGUGUUGUGCGUCUUUGGUGA